GUUUCGAUCGCCUCUGAUGAUUGUUUUUACAAGAGGCUUUCCGCUUCUUCGGAUAAAGGCGGAGAUCACUGAUUUUUAAUUCCUUUCUUUGGUUGUAAAUUAUACCGAAAAUCGGCCUCUUCAUAAGGAGAAAGUCAAAAUAAAAUUGUUUACAAUUCAAAGAUGGAGAUAAUAAAUCAAUCCUCUGUCUUACGUAGAUGGAGAUGAUAAAUCUCUUUUCCAACGAAAAGCCCUCUUGCAAGGGUCCUAGCAAGGGCUUCCAAGAGGCACAAGAGGGUAACGAAAUUGAAUACAAUUCGAAGACCGAAAAGGGCUUGCAAGAGUGUGUUGAGAGAUUCCAUGGUGAUAAUCUUAUAAGUCGAUUACCCGAUGACAUUCUCCUUAUUAUCCUAUCUUUCCUCCCAUUGAAAGAAGCUGGGCGAACAAGUGUUCUUUCUUCUCGUUGGAGAAACCUGUGGAGUUACAUCUUACAUCUCAACUUUGAUGACCGUAGCUCGAUGGAGAAGAUUAUCGAGGACCCAAAUUUUCGCAGUGUUGAGAGGGAAAAGUAUGUAAAGUGGGUGGAUUCGGUUCUCCAAUCACACCGAGGGUCCACCGUGAAAGAAUUACGAAUAUGCUUUAGUUUAGUCAAAUCAGCCACAAAGUCAGUUACGAAGUGGCUUGAAUUUGCUUUUGAGAGGCACACCGAAAAGUUGGAGUUGAACCUUUCAGAUGGUGACUGUAGUCAUGUCCCAGAUGAAAGGUACGUGUUUCCGCAAGAGUUAUGCAGGUCAGACGGUCCUUACAAAUCUAGUAGACUUUUCAACUGCAAGUCCAUAAAAAUGUUGUCCUUGGGCUGUAUUAAUAUCUCUGGUGAAACUAUUGAGUUUCUCUUACGUGGCUGCCCAUUGCUGGAG